AUGGUGAUCCAGAACCAUGUGUACAAACGAGUGAAGCAGAACAGCUCCGGCAGGGUGUUCUGGAGAUGCGUCCUGGUCCACCGAACGGGAUGCAAAGCCUACUGCCUCGUCGACGACCAUGAGAUCGACAUGGGCAACGAUCACAAUCAUGACCCACCAAAAAGCAGAACCAAGACUGGUGUUACUCUUAUCCCGUUUGGCAGAAAAUAUCCACUGCUCAUGUAUAAAGGACAUACUUACAAGAGAUUUUCUAAAUUUAUGUCUGGAAAGGUCCUAUGGCGAUGUUCCGGCAUCCUUAGAGGAUGCAAAGCUAACAUUAUCAGUAAAAACGAAAAUCCUUCGGAAGGAUUAGAGGCAUGCAAAGGACAACAUAACCAUGAGAGACCACAGUACCAUCAAAUGGUCGAUGGAACUUGGAUCAAGGUGUUUUACAAGACAUCGGCUAGAGGCAAACGUCAGCUGGUGGUGAACGGCUUCGCCUUCAUCUGCCGGACGUACUGCGUCAACCACAUCAAGAAGAUAUGGAAGUGCGCUUCCCACUCGGACUGCACCGCCAAAGUCCACACUGUCCAGGACCAAAUCAUUGUUCCAGGAGACGCUGGUUUAAAAUUCGUAAUAAGUGAUGUAACCUCUGGUGUCACACAGGACAAUUCUGAUGAUGAUGUAAUUGAAGUAGUAAGAGAUGAAGCCCCCAUUGAAAUAUUAUCCGAUGGAGAAGAAUACGAAUUAAUUAAAAAGAAGCAUAACGAACAAUUUGCAGUAACAGAAAAUUUUCAAUUUUCAUCGCUUGUUAUUAAUGAAACAAAAGAGGACUCCUUCCUCGACAAAAUGGACACAAGUGAACCGGUUGAUCCUUUGAAAAGUUUUGAGGAGAGCGACGUUUUGAAUCAAAAUCCUGUGGAACCUGCAGCUCCAUUGAUUCAUGCUGUUACAGUACCUGUAAUAGCGCAUUCCUCAACCGUCGACAUUCCAAAAGAACCCACAAAAUCAGAUAUUGAACAUAAUAUCGCAAAAAUAAGCAUUACUGAUAAAACAGAAUUAAAUCAGAAUGACGAAACAAAGAAGGAUGAUUCAGCAAAACCAGAUAAAGUUGAUCCGGUGGAAUUCCCUAAACCAGACGAAAACAAAGUACAAACAUCUCUUCCAGACGAACCUCAAAACGUACCCAAUGAUCAAGUGCCUAAUAAAUCUACUACAAACAAAGUUGGCUAAAUGUUACAAUUAAAAGAUACUCAAAUUUUACUACUUUAUAAGACAUUGUAUUAAAAUAUUAAAUAUUCGAUUUUUAUAAGCUUUGAAAUAACAAUUAAUAUUAACAUUUAAAUGUGCUAGAAGUUAUGCGCACCUAUUUUAGUUUAUUUGUGUGUAUUAUCAGUCUCAUUAAAGAAAUCAAUAAAUCAUACAUAAAGCG